GAGGGGGCACCCAGCGCGAGACCCAGGGACAGCUCGGGAGGGACGGAGCCAGCGCGAGAUUCCGUAGCCAGCGCCAGGCAGAGGUGCGGACCUGAGGCAACCCAAGCGUGCCCCCCGGUCUCGAGGUGAUACUCUAUGGGAACUUGAUUUGAUUCUCGAUGGGAAGCCAGUGGAGGACAGGGUUGAUGUGUUUGCAGUAGCCAGUAUUGCUGAGAAUGUGCUUCAGCAUUCUGUAUCAUUGGAGUUCUUAAGCACUGAAGACUUCAUGCCCAGCUUUGUCCAGCUAUAUGAAAUAUGGGAGACGACAGGCCGUUUGUGUGCAAUGCCCCUGGCUGUGGACAGAGGUUUACAAACGAGGACCACCUGGCGGUUCAUAAACACAAGCAUGAGAUGACAUUGAAAUUUGGUCCUUCUAGAACCGAUUCAGUCAUCAUAGCAGAUCAGACUCCGACUCCAACCCGUUUUUUGAAGAACUGUGAGGAGGUGGGGCUCUUCAAUGAAUUGGCCAGUUCCUUUGAGCACGAGUUUAAGAAAGCCACAGAGGAUGAUGAGAAAAAGAAUGCUGGACCUCUGGACAUGUCUCUGCCCUCAACCCCAGACAUCAAAAUAAAAGAAGAGGAGCCAGUUGAGGUGGAUUCUUCCCCUCCAGACAGUCCUGUAUCCAGUCCGCAAUCCCCACAGAUCCAAGAGAAGGAGAUCACUUCAAAGCCGGUUAUAAUUUCUACUCCUACUCCAACCAUCAUGCGUCCAGGGUCACUGCCACUACAUUUGGGAUAUGACCCGCUACAUCCCACUCUCCCCUCCCCAACCUCUGUCAUCACCCAGGCUCCACCUUCCAACAGACAGCUUGGGUCUCCCACGGGCUCCCUCCCACUUGUUAUGCACCUUGCGAACGGACAGACCAUGCCUGUCCUCCCUGGCCCUCCUGUACAGAUGCCUUCUGUUAUAUCGCUGGCUAGGCCAGUGUCCAUGGUGCCCAACAUUCCUGGUAUUCCUGGUCCACCCAUCAACAGCAGUGGUUCCAUUUCACCAUCAGGCCUUCCAAUGCACUCUGAGGCUAAAAUGAGACUGAAGGCCAGCCUGACGCACCAGGUUUCUUCCUCCCUGAAUGGCAGCAGCCUGGUUGUAGGGUCAGCAAGCACGAUGGUGACCUCACGUCCAGAGCAGGGUCAGAUACUUCUCCAGCACCCAGAUGCACCUUCUCCAGCUCAGCCACAGGUUUCCCCUGCUCAGCCCACACCUAGCACUGGUGGCCGGCGAAGACGCACAAUGGAUGAAGACCCGGAUGAGCGCAGGCAGCGUUUCCUGGAGCGGAACCGUGCUGCAGCCUCUCGUUGCCGUCAGAAACGCAAACUGUGGGUGUCUUCCCUGGAAAAGAAAGCAGAGGAGCUCACGACACAGAACAUCCAGCUGAGUAAUGAAGUUACACUACUGAGGAAUGAAGUUGCUCAACUUAAACAGCUACUGUUGGCUCACAAGGACUGCCCAGUCACUGCACUACAGAAAAAAACACAGGGGUAUCUUGAAAGCCCAAAGGAGAGCUCUGAGCCUACCGGUUCCCCUGCUCCUGUCAUCCAGCACAGCUCCGUGACAGCAUCCCCCAACGAGCUCAACGUCCGCUCUGCAGCUGAAGCUGUUGCCACUUCGGUCCUCACUCAGAUGGCAAGCCAAAGGACAGAACUGAGCAUGCCCGUACAGUGGCACGUCAUUAUGGCUCCACAGUCUCAGUCUGCUGGCAGAUGAUGUCACAAACCACGUGACAAAGAACUAACCCAUAAGAACUUGCAGACCGAGAGACUGAUCAUAGCUAAGUCCCUGCUUAAUGGGGGCAGAUAUGGAUUUUUUUUUUUUAAGUGAGUUAAGGGCAGCUAUGGAAGCUUCUUUAUACUGCAUAUCUUAUACAGAUCCUGGCCCAAAACCAUUGUCAUGUGAUCACCUGUCCGUACAGGAUGGCUUCAGAUUGAGGGAUUUCUUGAUCCCUUAGUGAUGAUCAAUCAACUUGCAAAAUCAUCAGAACACAAAGAGCCUCAUUUGAAUGCAUCUUGAAAGGUUCAUUUUCAGGUAUCAGUUACAUUAACACUAAAGCUCCCCUGGCUUGUGAUUUCUCUUGGCAUUAUUGCUAUUUUAAGUUUCACCUGUUAGCAGAGGAAAGUAGCUGUUGGGAGGCUGUGACAUUUACUGGUGCUGUCACUUUAUUUUUAACAGCUUGCUGCUUCCAAUCAUCUGUUUCCCCAUCACUGCUCUAGCUGACCUGAAAUGUUGCACCUUGGCACAAGAAUACUGGCCGAGUUUUCCACUCGGGCUAGUGAGAUUCAAAAGGCUGAGGAUAAUGGGCUUCCUAAUCCAUGGGUUUAACUUCCCUGACACCAAAGCUUUCUGGUUCUGAAGCAAGCCUGGCACCUCUAAUUCACAUGCAAUUAACCAUCAUUGACUGCUGUAACUUGUGGGGUUUUUUCAGUAUGUGUUCGCAGUCACUGGUGCAGCAGUAGGAACUGUGAACAUUUCAUGUGCUUCUCUCUUAAUUGACACCAUAGCUGCUAAUGAUGCAGGUACCUUCUUCAGAAAAGGGCCUGCUUAUAAAUCUUCCAUACAACAGUAAAGCAGCACCAAGCUGCGGUCUGCCAGGAAAAGCUGCUCUGUGUGAUGCAUGAAAGGAUGAGCUGGGGCAGAUGGAUAUAAUGCGAGUCCUGGAAUUAACCGGCUACAAAAUCCACUACCCAUCUCAACAAGUCACGAAUUUAACAAACAAACCCCGCACGUGUCAAAGGAUUGUCUCCCGUACAUUUAACCUGAUGACAUUAUAAAGUGGUGGCCUUAAACGAAGGGAGGUGGACGCAUAUCCCGCUUGCCCGGCCUUUUACCUCUUUUAAUGGUUUUCUUCUGCUCCUGGUAGUGGUAUAUCUAUUGCUUUUCCUCAAGAGCAAAUGUAGUACUUUUAGAGCUUCCAGGUUCAUGGGGUAGAUUUAAAACCAGCCGUGACAUUUUAAAGGCACUUGGAAUUGUCUGCUCAUUGCCAAAGUGUGCAUGUGUGUGUGUGUACUUUCUUUAGGUUGUCAUUGACCUUUUGCUUGCUGGGUAGUAGUUGUAGAUUUGAAUUUGUAUUUUGGGAGCCAGAAAGGGGUGCUGUGUGAAUUUGUGCUACAGCAAACCCAUCAGUCGGUGAAACUCUCAGCACUUCAUCUUUCUUGCCUUCUUUAAAAACACUUUUCCUUCAGUUGAGCUCUUCGACCUCUUCACCCUGAGCUUCCAGACCACCUCAAAUCGCACUUGCCACUUUUGAGCCGAGUUAGUUUGGCUGAGUCAGUAGUUUGGCUUAUCUAGACUUGGAAUAUUUGCCAGGGACAGCAAUACCCAAAGCAAAAUCUGAGCAUGUAGAAUUUGACCCACCCACCCCUAGAUACAGGGAAAUUCCAUUUAUUUCUUUUUUAAUUAGGGGGUCUCGUCUCCUCCUUUUCUCCCUCAGGUUUCUCCAGGCCUCUCUGCCAUAUUCUCUAAUGUAUUUCAUGGUCCUAGUUGUCUCUUAAUACACUGCCACCAUGUGUUUGUCUCACUCUAUCACACACAAUCAUUCCUGAGAUUUUGUGUUUCUUUGCCCUCUCAAGACUCUGGAGCUAGCAGCUCUUGCAUCUCUGUUUAGAACCUGUGUGUAGUUACUGCAAGAGGCAUUCCAGAUCAGGCACUUCAUUUUUUUCCGUUAAAGUUGUUUAUAUAGAGAAUUUUCGUAUAGGAAAGUGCUUUGAGUAUAACUGUCCCAACAGGGUGUCUGUUUCCUUGAUGACAAAGAGCUAUACCAUCAGCCGGGUUUUCAGGAUCUUGUGAGGAUAAUGCAACCAAGGAAAUGGUUUAUAAAGUCGAACGGCCUGAUUGGACAAGACACGGGGCCUUUAUUUGGCUAAGAAUCCAAGACAGAAAGGGCUCAUGGCCAUGUUGUCAGAGGUCUAAUACGACAGCAGGGAAUCUGUUUGUCACCAUGACUAAUUUAGUCUCUUGCAGACACUUCACUGUCUUGUAAGGAAUAGGGUGCAUAGCUCUGACAGAUUCAUUAGAAUAGCUGGAUUCAUAUGUGUGGUUCAAGAGGCCCAAACAGCAUUGACAUGAUGAUUGAUCGUACUCCACUUCCAGCCUGCAGGCUAACAUUAGUGUCUCAAAGCUAGUGGAUGUUUAACAAGAGGUAAGAGAAGCCAAUUUUAACACCAGCACCAGUGCAUGUUGAGACAGCACCACUGGGUAAAUACUGCCUAUCGAUAGCCUUAACACAUGCAUAAAGCAGCCUUCAAAUACCUUCAGUUGUUAAGAGGCUGGCAGCUCAAGGAUACAGCUGCACAAUAGACUGUACAAGGGGAUGGGGUGGUAAGUACAGCUUGAGUUGGACAAGUGUGAAAGGCUUUAACUGAAAGUGAAUUUGCCUUGGUGCUCACAAACCGUAUUAAUUUCCAUGGAGACUUGUACAAGGGACCAUUUUUUUGGUCUGUGGAAAGCAACACGCAUGUGCACGUAUGUGUGUUUUCACAGCUAUCUUGGAAUCGUUUCUUUCCUUCUUCCUGCUCCUCGAACUUAGUCGGGACUGAAACAAUACCAUGUGACUUAGGUGACCAGUCACGUUUCAAACAGGGGGUAAUCAAAGGCAUAGUAGAAUGGAAUAGCUUCCCAGCACUGCAUAAGCUGGAGUGGAUUUGUGUAACGAGUUUGAAAGCUUCAGAUUGCAAACAGACUUGUAAAAAUCAGUCCAUUGAGCAAAAACGGACAAUGUUUUUUUGUUUUUUUUUUAACGGAUUCUGUUCUAAAUAGAUCACUCUGCUACAGUCACGACUAAGGGUCUGUCUGCCCAGUAGAAACUGCACAUGGGCUAGCUGAAUCCAGCUACUCAAGACAGCAAGCCGAUUAUGUACCCGGGGUCCAUGCUGGGCUUGUGCUCCCCUGAGCUGCAGCUCGUACCAUGUUGUGUUCAUUGCUACUGUUACUCAUGCGAGCUGGAUUAAAGCUAGCUCAGGUAGACUAGCCCAUGCACGGCUUUUGCUGUGUAGACAGACCCUAAAUUGCUGAUUCUUUUCUUCCCAGCACCCGUCUUUAUAAUGGGAGGGGCUUAAGAGGUUCAGAAAACAGGGAGAUGCUUGAAGUGGAAAAACGCAAGUGUCAGUGUAAUGGACUCUGGUCCCUGCUCGCUACUGGCCCCUUGUGGUCAGUUGUGGUGGUGUCAGAUCCUCCAUCUUAAUUCGUCCUUCCUAGGACUUCUUCCCGUAAGUUCAAAACAGCCCUUUUUUCAACAGAAAAUCCCCCAAAUAAGGGAAAAACCUCAGGCCUCUGGUCCCAUUCUUGUUCCUUCUUAAAAGGACCAGUCAUCCAGACACACAGCAACCCAGUCAAGGGUAUUUCCCACAUGCCUCGGUUUCUGACAGUCUGAACUGUGGGGUUGCUUCUCCCUGGGGUCUGGAGGCAGACUAAGGGAUUUGGCCGCAUUCAGGUAGCUAUGGGUAAUGGGUGAUUUUGCUGUAGAUUCUGACUCGGGUUUGAGUGAGCAGGAAAAAGCAGAAGAAUUAUAGGUACUAUAGUCUUUAGUCACUACAGCUGUAAGUACAGCAACCAUCGUAUUCGUUACCAAAAUGGUGUUUAACUGAUUGAGAGGUGUGUGAACUUGCUCCCUGGGACAGUACAGCAUUAGUGUAAAAUCUGGCUGCUUUUUGCUCUCCUUACUUAACCACUGGGGAUCAAAAAUUACACAAGUCUGCGAUCUGUUUGUUGCUACCAGGUCCUGCCAGAAAACUACAGCUGGCCAGACAGAGCAGUGACUAUCAGGGGGUGAGACUUCAUGCCCUACUGGGUGCUAGAAACAUACAGUGUACCCAGGGAAUAUUUCCUGCCCUGACAAAUCACCAGAUACCAGACCUUAAAAUCUUGUCCUUCGGAUUACCAUCUUGUGCCCCACCCGCUUCAGUUCUGACAUGGUUUGUGUGUAUGCUCUGCUGAACGUACAGAGCUAUAAACUAAUGCUUUCUACCAUCUGGAAGCAGCCGGGAAUUCCAUCUUUCAGAUAGUGUGUAAAGCAUUAAUCUUUAUGAGGGUUCAUGGGCAGCUACUAAACAUCCAGCCAGAACUGGAAGUUUAGAGGCGAGGAAAGCAAGAUGAUGAUUUGUGUGACAUGAUUUUAAAUGUACACUGUCAAGUUAAAUCACAUUUCAGUCUGACAAUUUUUACCUCCUCUUUAUAGGCGUUGCCUAAGAUUGCUAGCAGUUGGAGAUAAAAAAUAAUAAUUUGUAAAUUUCCCCCCCUUGUUUAUUUACUCUGCAUAUUUAGCAAUAUCUUAGUCGGGUUUCAGUAUUUCUCCUCUGUCACUUAGUCAGUUCCCCUGUAUGUUUGAGUCAUUAGUGUGUUAAAGGGAGAAACAUCUUGGAAAAAUAGGAAAAUGUGCCUGUAAAACUGCAAAAGUUGGCAGGAGUGCUCAGGAGACAUGUAGACCAGAAACUGCUUUUAAUGGUAAUUGACUGGAUUUCAAGCUGACUGUUUCCCCUUGAAGUGUAUUUCACUGAACGUGCAAAAACAAUGUUCAGUGUUUAAAAUACCUGAAUGUAUUUAAAUAGAAAACUCAGUAGUUUCACAGAAGAGGUGGAAGUGAGUUUAAUCUCCGGCUGUUUUUCUGUCUCCCAGCAGAGUCUGAGCGUGUCUGAGUCCCAGGUUGCUGAAGACAAACAGUUUAUCUUUCUGUGUUCAAAAUAGGCACAUGGGCAUGAAACGUUCUCCAACUUCCUUCAUGGGGCCUAGGGAGCUCCUUGGUAAUGACCUUAGCACUCAGAUGUCCUCUCUGACCUCCCUGGACGAAGGAAAUACAGCGAGGAGACAAAGUUCUAAUUUUGACACCUUUGAGAUGUUCUGUAGAACAAACUCAAGAUAGCAAACGUAUUGAAAAUAACUUCAGUACUUUAGGUAACACCUGUAUUUCUAGGUCCAAUAUCUUAGAACUUGCUACUUCUGGAAAUACUGGCAGGAGCAGUACAAAUGCUGUCAGGACCAGUAACUCCAUCCUCCAUCUCCCUCAGCACGGUUCCUGGAUCAGUGAUCAGAAUAAAACAUAUUCUGUUCCUACUCAGUGUCCAUUUCAACUAAGGCUUGCCACUGAAUGAAUGUGUUGCUAGAGCAGCUCCAGAUUUGGUGGUUCCCCACAACUACGUAGCUAGCUUAAUAGUAUACAAGAUAGCUUAGCUUUCACUGACAAGCUGAUCUUUGCCUGGCCUUAUUAAAAGGGACAGAUUUAGAAGAAGUAAACAGGAGUUUCAGAUGUGUAAAUGUCGGAGAUCCCCUUCAUUAUCGGGCACACACCUGCCUGGUAUUACCUUGUGAAAAGCAAUCAUGGCUGUGCAAAAUGUUUAAAAUAGGUUAAAGGUUUUUCUGAAAGUAUUUCAUUUUAAUCUCCCCAAUCCUGAUUUUAAUAUCAGCCCUUCCCUUCCCUCCCAAGUCCCUUGCUGUGAGCUAGCCUGAAAUGUAAAUAGGCUGGGAGCUGCUUCUCAUUUUGAAGCAGACACAUCUAUGUAGAAUGUUCUCAUCUCUCCCACUUCACGUAGAGGGCCUGAUCCUCGGAGAUGCCAAGAGCACUCCUCUCCCAUUGAAACCAGGAAGAGCUAUGGCUGCUAAAUAUCUUGCAGGAAGCAUCACUGGAUUGAGGCCCAUAAGGGAGAGAUGCUACCAAAGAGCCCUACUAGCUCCAGUAACUUGUGGCAAAAUCCUUUGCUGUUUUCUUACCAAAAUGAAGCGGUGCAGUGCAUUGCAUGCAGACAGCACUUCCUGAGCGGCUCAGGAUGUCCAUCUGCGAGUCGUCUGUCAAGCAAACGAGUAAUUGUGCUUUUAACUAGAUUAGUCACCUGUAUGGGAGUUAUCAGGGCGGUAACCUAGGGAGAGGAUGGGCUCUGGAGCAUUGCAACAGAUGCAAAAAAAACCAGAAGAUAACGUUAUCGGAUUUCAGAUUUGUUGGUUUCAAUGGACAACCACUUCGGUGCUAAGUUUUGAAUUUUAGGGGCCCUGUUUUUCCACUGGGGCCUCAUUUAAUCGCCACUGCAUGGGUUUGCUCGUGCAAAUAGACUGGCCGUGCUCGAGUAAAUAAAUACUGCAGACCUAGAGGAGGCCUGCUGAAAAGAUGAGGCCCGUGUGAAGUUCUGUCCUGUAGCCAAGCAGCGAUUCCAGCCCCUGAGGAGCAUUUAUAUCAUGAGGAAUAUAAUUCACUGACUGAGUGUGUGUUUAGAACAAUUAUGAAACCAGUUGCUAGGUUGUUCCUUUAAAUCACCAGCUUUUCCGUAAUUGCAGCUUUUCCUAGAGAUGAUUUCCUGUUAAUCUGUGUGUAAAAUUACUGAUCGCUGUCCAGGCAGUCCUGCCUUCUUGGUCAUUGGUUGUGGCUUUGUGAUCAUCCUUGAGGGUUGUACAUGUUGGGAAUUGCCUUCCAGAUCUAUACAUGGGGGGUGUUCUUUUUUUUUAAUCUCAUUUUCCUGUGCUGGUGCAGCUACCCACAUAAAGGCUGCAAAUCCUCAUGGACUUGUUCGGUGACAGCUGCUUUUUCAACCUAGAGUGAAGAACUUUUUUUAGAAAGCAAAACCUUAGGUUCCUGAAUAGGUGGCAGUACCCACAGAUGGCUCGAACUCCACGUAGUCCGCAGACUUGCUGCGCCUAGGAGUCCUUUUUGUCCUCCUAGUCCCUGGGCUUUUCAGGCAGCCUUCCCAAUAUCAUCGUAGGGCUCGGAGUUCGCUAAAGUGAGUUUCCCUGGCCAUCCCUGUUGCUUUAGAAGAUCUUCAGCGAUUAGUUGUCUUAGGCCGAAGGGGGCCGUGACUAAUGGCAUUUUCAAUUAAUUGACUGCCCACACCUACUUUUCAAGAAAAUGUCUCCUCCUGGGAACAACACAGAAUGGGGGGGAGGGUAGCUCAGUGGUUUGAGCAUUGGCCUGCUAAACCCAGGGUUGUGAGUUCAAUCCUUGAAUCCCCACUUAGGGAUCUGGGGCAAAAAUCAGUACUUGGUCCUGCUAGUGAAGGCAGGGGGCUGGACUCAAUGACCUUUCAAGGUCCCUUCCAGUUCUAGGAGAUUGGUAUAUCUCCUAUUAUUAUUAUCUUAAUGUUUUGUGAUGUGUGGCCUACUUCACAGUGGGGAAAAUGAUCCCCUUCUGGCUUAUUUCACGAGGCCAGGAAAAAUAUUAGUAUGUUCAAAAGUACAUUUAAGUUCUUACUGAGCAAGGACUAAGCACUAGUGGUAGGAUCAUACUCAUUCAGAGCGGUGUUUUUUAAUCAGUUAGUGUUUACCACGGUUAUAAUAGAAAAAAGUAAUUUAUUAUUUAAUUAGAGGCAAUUAUGAUAGACGUGCAUUUCUUUCCCUACAACAUCAGAAUGUCGAACCCCAUGACAUUCUCAGCAAGAAUCUAGCCUGGGCCCUCAGGGGCUCAUAGCAGAGAGAAACUAAUUUUCUCCUUUUGUUUUCCCAUCCAAUUAAGACUAAAAAUAUCGUCUCCCUCUGUAUAUCUCUUGAAUUCCACUGUUGCUUUUUGAUAAAAUUAGGUGUGGAGGAGGACGUCAACCAAAGCAUUAGUGUUGCCUCUUCCUUGUCGCUGUGGCUUGACAACACCCUGAUUGGUACAAAAUAAAAAUUUAAAAAAAUCUAAAGUCAACAAAACAAAACGGGGCUCCUGACAGACAGCUCUUGGAUGUGAGAGCAGCUGGCACUAAUUCCUUCCCUUCAUUGUAACUUUUCUCUCACCUUUGUCAUGGCCUGCUAUAUUUUUACAGUACACACACCUGGGGUAGUUAGCGUGACCAGAUGCCCUGAUUUUAUAGGGACAGUCCAGAUUUUUGGAUCUCUUUCUUAUCUAGGCUCCUGUUAACCCCCCACCCCCUGUCCCGAUUUUUCACAUUUUCUGUCUGGUCACCCAAGGGGUAGUAAUCUUGUACUCAAAAGCUCUUGUUACUAUUAGGGUUGAGCAUUAAUGGUCGUGAAACGACUAGUACCUUUAAGAGCUCAUCUGACAGAAUUGUGGUGCCUUUGCUUUAAGAUUUCUUCUGGUUGCCCGCCAAAAGAGAUGCGAGUUCGCUGGGAAGAGGGGUGGGUUGGAGGACCAGGCAGGGCUGGGUUAUGAAAUUUAGUAAGUCCUGUGCUCUGUGGGUCUGCAGCCAAGUACAAAGAAAAAUCCCCACUUUUCAGCUCAGCUCAGGUCCUUUGGCUCCUGUAUUAGCAAGUUCAGGGCAAUAACUGGGAGGUCUUGACUCAUCAACACUAUGCUGGUGAAGGAGCUAAUUUCCUAGUACUUUUGACUUAAAUAUAUCUUCCAGAUUGUGCUGCAGUUCCCUGGGAGCAGGAACACUCUGCUGGUCUCAUUCCAAGAGGCAAUUUAGUGUAGGUUCUCGGUGGACUAGGGAACUGCAUGGUGAGAAAGCUGUGGGUUUUGUGGGUUAACCUCUGUGAUUGUGGAACUCUGGCCGCGUGGAGUAGCCUAUUUUGUAACUGAUUUUUUUUUCUCAAAGAUCCGCCGUCUCCUGGGGAGAGGAGGGGAGAAUGGAGUUCGCUUUUGUGUUAUAAAACCAGGGUGGGCCUCUUACCCACUUUUACAGUCGGUGGAUAAAGUACACAGGACUCCUGUGACUUGAUUAGAGGACACAGUGAGCCCAGGAUGCUCCUGAAUCCUCUAGUCCCAUGCUGUAACCACUAGUCAGUGUGAUUUUCCACUUUGCUGGGGGUGCUGUUAACCGCCCCAUUAAGCAGGUGCUUGAUUCCUGCCCUGAGCUGACUGCUGUCAUCCACCUCCAAUCCAGAGUUCUUAAAUUCCUGCCACCCCCACUCCAUGACCUGAACCAUGCUUUUCUCCAGCAGGAGAUCUAGGAUAAUGUUUCUGCAUUAAACAUACAUUUUCUAUUUACGAGAAGCGGUACCAGGAGAACUCAGGAUAGGAGAGUCCUGAGGCAGGAUGGGUAAUUAUGUGAAGGGUUUCCUUUUUCCACCCAUAACCCAUUGUUUACCCAAAUGAGAUGUAAGGAACUCUCUAAGCCAACCCACCCGCUCAUGUGCGUUUCUUAGGCAUUAGACACAAGCCUUAGACUCCUGUUGACAGUCUGGCCUAGCUUCAGACAAGAAACAUUUGAAAACAUACGUGACCUUAGCGAGGAACUUGAACAUCAAACGUUCUGAGCUCUGUUCUGAAUCUCGAAGCUGCGGCUUUAGAGCAGGUUUUGCAUUUGUCAGAACAAGUUCUCCUUUGCGCCGCUUGAAUCCUUGUCCGUUCAUACAGCCCGUGUAUCCAUAUCCCCUCAAUUCCAGGCAUCUGGAUGAAAGGAUAGCCUGAGAGAUGUAGGGUGGGGGUGUUCCUUUUACAGCCCAUAUUGACAAAGAGGAGUGAGGUCAUAUUUUUUUAUUGGACCAAUAUCUGUCGGUGAGGAAGACAAGCUUUCAAGCUACACCGAGCUCUUCUUCAUGUCUGCGGUAUCGCUCACCGACAGAAGUUGGUCCAGUAAAAGAUAUUCCCUCACCCACCUUACCUCUCAUGACCUGGGACCGACCCAGCUACAACGACAAAGGUUCGAUUAAGCAGGCCUGGAAUUGGACUCACCUGUGAGAUUUGCUUAUUGGCAGGCUUACAGGCUAGACAUCAGUCCCCUCGAAACGUAAUCAUAUAGCGUUACCUAGUGCACCUUGGUUGCAGCCCCAGUUAUGCACGACACAAACGAAGGGGUCCUUUAUUUUGCAUUGUGUCUGAUUGGUUAAUUUCCAGCCCCGGCAGUAGAGGGAUAAGGUGCUUCUGGGUCAGAGACAGACUGAAUGUGCAGCGAGGUGUCAGCAGUGUUAGAGGUUUCCUUGAGGUUUGGAGCUCUGGUGGCUCUAAAUCCACAUUUCCAGUUGGGACCUUGGUGCCUUGGCUGUUUCUGGCUGCUGCUUUGGUGCCCUCUACUGGAAUGUGUUGCACUGUACAGGCUGAGGCCUUGGAUUGUCAACCCUGCAUCGUUUGUUUCUGCGUGUGGAAGGGCUACUUUGUUCAAUGUAACAGCUGGCACCGAUGCAUAGAAUUUCACUUUGAUUCUAGUCUCUUUAGUCAGGGCUGUGCCCUGGGCACUUCCGGUUUGGCACCUUCGUUCAGGUGUCUUGAUUUCCAGUUUUGGUGCUAUUUCUGAAACACAGGAGGGCUUCGCCUACCAGAAACCUUGAUUUCUCUCCUCCCACCCCCUUGCCUCAAGCACCCAGGUGGGAUGUUAUAGAGCAACAAGGAGAGAAGGGUUGUUGCCCUUUUUGAACAAAAUCCCCUCUUCCUCCUAAAGCCAGUCUCCAUCUGGGCAUUUUAUACCAUGCUCCUCACCUGUUUUUCAAUCUGAUCUUUGAGACACUUCUCUGCUGACUUUAAAGGUGCUAAUGACUUGGAAGGGUCUAGAGACGCUGCCGUCUGUACCCUGUGGAAUCUAGCACAAACACACCCACGGCGCUGUAACGAGAAGCUGCCUUUGUUCAGCUGGCUUUGUCCCCCGUGAGCCCUUUUCUCCUAUUAAGCAUUGUGUGCUGUAUACUGCAGGACUGAAUCAUUAUCGUUGUGUUAAAAGUCCCGUCCCGGGAGUGCUGUAGAGUUCUGGCUCGCCAUACGUUAUGCAUUUGUUGUGCUGUAUUGCUUUUAUUUUGGGAGGGGGUGGGGGACACAGGAGAAGGCGCUGCGGAUGCUUUUGGGGUGGGGCAGAUUCCCAGCGCACCCUGGAUCCGUUAGCGGCCGCGGCUGCACAAAGCCAGCACCUUCUGUCUCGAAGGAGACUGUUAUAAUUGCAGAAAGGAGUUCAAGGAAGGGUAUGUUGUAGGUAGCCAUAGGUUGCCUUAGCUGUUUUCCACCUAAGGCCCGGGGAGGGGAGGAUGGCGUGCUAGAAAUGGGAACUUAUCUCCCACCCGGCAUGGUCUGUUACAGAUGGUACCUGACCAAGAUAGGGGCUAGAUGCUUGUUAGCUUUUUCUCUGGAACUCCAGGCUGAUGCCAAUAGUGGAGCUGGUUUCCGUGGCUCUGAGGUUUCUUAUGCAGUCAGGCAGGGAGCCGCACUCUGACCCCAAACUCGGCCCUGGUCUACGCUACAGACUUGGGUUGACGCAAGGCAGCUUACAUUGACCUAACCCUGUAAGCAUCUACCCUGAAAUGCAGGUCCCGCCGAUGUAACUCGCCCACUACGCCGACUUAAUAUCUCCACUUUCGUGAGUGGCGUAGCACUUAGACCGAUGCAGUGUCCAUGGAGACAUUGUGUUGCUUCCAUCGGCGGUUGCCGCCUUGCAGAAACCACCCCACAACGCCCCACGCUGACAGUUAAAUCGGUGCGAGCGCUCCUGGUGAGGAUGCACACUGCUGACACAAGCAGUGUAGUGUGGAUGUGCAAAAGCAGUGUAAUUACUGCGGUGGCUGUAAGGCGAAGUACCUUAGGACAACUUAAUUUUGUAGUGUAGACUUGCCCUUGGCAUCUUUCAAUCCUAAUGGAUUGGGAAAGGAAUCACUUAAUGAGUAAUGGGAAGUAACAGUCCACCUGCCCCUCAGGCUCCAGGACCUGUUAAUCACUCCCUUCCUGUGGGCCGUUAGGAGACCACCACUUGCUGCUUUUGCCAUUUGCCACACAGUACUGAGCUGCCGAAGCAACUCCAUGAUACUUGACAGUCACAAGAAGCCUUCGUUGUUUGUUUGAUUGUUUUUUAAAGGGCUGAGCCAGUUGACAGAGGUUGGCUGCAGUGGGGAAAAUCCACUUGUGGGUUAAAAUGGGGAUGUUAAUUUUUAACUUGUUGAGAGAUGGAGGCCGCAAGUUUUUAUGGAUCUGGAAACCUGGGGGAUAUGGAUUUGGCCCACUGGAGAUCAGGGUAACCCAGAUCCCUCCAAGUUCUACACUGCCCAGAGCCAGAAUUUUCAUUUGAGCCCAACUCACUGAGGGACCUUCAGCCUCUGAAAUAACAUGGUAGCGAUUUCACCUUUAAAUCUGCUCCACUAGCUCUGCUCUAUAAUUCAGUCAAUCUUAAAACGUUUCACAUAAAUGAGGCAGGCCCCACCCUGGCCUCUGCUCCCCUCUCUCUUCUGCUGCAGAUGGAAGGAGUGUUUUUAGCCCAGGCCAAAGCUGCUCCGUUGCCUUGGAAGAGAGAGCAGGUUAUUUCUGAUUCCUCCAGAAGCCUUGAUUCUCAUUAGCAACCCCCCGGGCCUUCAAGAGGACGGGUGUCGUGUGCAAGGCCUGCAAGAGAGGUGACCUCUCCCUUCCGUCUCUGGGUAGAGGCAUCACGAAAGGAACAACCUUUGUCCACGGGCUCCUGCCAGUUGUCCUGGGUGCUCUGUGGGAGCAGGACGGCAGCUCUUUGACACAUGGCCUUCCAGGUCGAACAAAGUCUUGCUCUCUUCCCCCACACCUCACAGCAGCCGCCCAAGGAACCAGGUCCUGGGAUUUGCCUUCCCCCAGCACAAAGAACCAGUCUUCAUUUGCAUGGGACUGCAGUGGUGGAAGAACCCACCUGACACCUGCCCUUCAACCAAUAGCUGGCUGUUUUAUAUGGAGAGCUUUUACGAUCAAUAAUGGAAGAAAAUAUAAAAAAAAAACCCACAAAAAUAAAUCCCUGAAAAGCUUAACCACAAGGGUGUAGUAUCUCUAUAAAAGAAAAUACCUAUCUAUGAAUAUAUAUAGAAAUAUAUCGACAUAUAUCAACUUUCCUGAAUGGACGCGCAAUUCCUUAUGCAAUGAAAUUAUUUUUAGAUGUAUCCAAACCUGGACUCCCCGACCCUCCCUCCCUGCUACAGGUUUGUUGUACAAUUCUUGACUUGCUCUGCCUUUCGCAACAAAACUCGCAGAGGUGCAGGCAGGUCGCACUAGCAAAUAAAAAAAUGUUCUUCACCGAAGUGCUCCUGUGAGCAGGUCCUCACAAUUUAGCAUUAGCCUGUGCCAUGGAUUCCCAUUGACCUGUGUGUCCGCAGGGGCGGAGGAGAGUCGUGGCACGGCCCUGUGUUGUAUUUUGCUGUUUAAAAACAAAAUCCUGGCACUUAUCAAUUUGUUCCUUCAGCCACUGUUCUUACCAAACAUAUAAUGUGCCUUUUAUUUAUGCUGCAAAUAUAACAUUAAAAUAUUAA